GACCGGCAAGAUGGCGAUGGGGAAAGGCUACCGAAUAUUUCACAAGGUUCCACCGGACCGUGAAACACCAUAUAGUGUUAUAAUGGAGAGCAAAUCAAAGGAUGAAAGCCUCAUGUUCGAGUCCGAUGCAGUGGUGGUCUUAUCCUCAGCAGAGAUGGACGCUAUCAGGAAGCAGUAUACCAAGGUGCUGGAUGCGUACGGUUGUCUGGGAGUCCUAGGCGUUAACUUAGGUCGAGAGAAGAUCAUGUACCUGGUGAUGGUGUCGGGUUAUCUCUCUGUGGGGAAGAUUGCAGAAUCAGAAGUGUUCAAGGUGACCAGUGUUCAGUUUGUGUCAUUACGCAAUGAGCCUACAGAUGAAGAGAGGAUUGUGGAGCUUCGCAAACUGCUGUCAUCUGGAACCUUCUACUUCUCCUGGUCUCAGACAGGCGCCCCCUGGGACCUCAGUCUGUGUGCACAGCGAAAACACCAGCAGGACACAGAGACAGACAACAGAUUCUUCUGGAACCGGAUGCUGCAUGUGCACCUGCAGAGAUACAGCAUAGACUGUGGUCAGUGGCUGCUGAAGAUCAUGUGUGGUGGGGUGGAGAUCCGCACCAUCUACGCAGCUCAUCGCCAGGCCAAGGCGUGUCUCAUCACUCGCCUCAGCUGUGAGAGGGCAGGCACUCGCUUCAAUGUGCGGGGAACCAAUGAUGACGGACAUGUGGCCAACUUCUGUGAAACUGAACAGGUGAUAUUUCUAGAUGAUCAAGUGAGCUCUUUCAUCCAGACGAGAGGAUCAGUGCCAUUGUUCUGGGAACAAACAGGAAUACAGGUUGGCUCUCACAAGAUCCACAUGUCACGUGGGUAUGAGGCGUCUGCUCCAUCCUACGACCGCCACCUGCAGAUGAUCAAGAAGCAGUAUGGCGAUCAGGUCCUUGUCAAUCUCCUGGGAUGCAAGGAAGGGGAGAAGAUGCUCAGUCAAGCUUAUCAGAACCACCACAAAGCCUCUGCACACAGUCAGGACACACCCUACUAUGAGUUCGACUACCACUCGGAAGUCAGAGGCAAUCUUAAAAACCUGGAAAAGCUCAAGAGCAAAAUAAUCAAACAUGUUCACAACUUUGAGUUUUUCUACUUUGAGAAAUCAGGAAUCAAGAGACAGCAGACAGGGACCAUCCGGACCAACUGUGUGGACUGCCUGGACCGGACAAACUCUGUACAGACCAUGAUUGGGAUGGAUAUCCUUCCGAAGCAGAUUGAGAAUCUGGGACUCUCCAACAAACCACAGAUGCUGUCAAGGUUUCAGGAGGUGUACAAGCAGAUCUGGGGGCUCAACGGCGACCAUGUUAGCAAGAUCUAUGCUGGAACAGGGGCACUUGGUGGUGGCAGAUCUAAGUACUCAGACGCAGCUAGAUCGGCAACUCGGACCAUACAGAACAACUUCCUUGAUAACAGUAAACAGGAAGCCAUUGAUGUCCUGUUGCUAGGCAGCUCUUUAUAUGGAGAACUAGCAGACAAAGCCAGGUCACUGCUGAGUCCUCGAUGUCUUCAUGUUGCGCCAAGCAUCCUGUACAGCAUGGUGCAGAGAUACAAAGAGUACACCAAGCCCACUCCACUCAGGGUCGGUGUGGGAACCUGGAACGUCAAUGGAGGCAAGCAUUUCCGCAGUGUCGCGUUUAAACACCAGUCUGUCAGUGACUGGCUGUUGGAUGCACACAAGAAGGCAAAAGCAGGUACCUUGGAAGAUGAAUCAGUUGACUAUGAGAAGCCUGUGGACAUUUAUGCAAUAGGGUUUGAGGAAAUAGUAGACUUGAAUGCAAGCAACAUCAUGAGUGCAAGCAAUUUGCUUCAGGCGGGGGGUGAUAUCUGGGGCCAGGAUCCCCCGUCCAAGCGCUCUCACGGUAAAAAGAAGGGGUCCUCGGGAGCCGCCUCCUAUACGGAAUCGGCUCCCAAACGGGCGAAGGAACAGAUGUCGUCCGUGAAAUCCCUGAUUGACACGGCGCUGUCUGGGUUCCGCAAGGAGCUCAGCUCGCCUGUCAUCAGGGGUGGAUCGGACGCAUCUGGGGGGGUUGGCUGCGGCCCGAGCUCUGGCUCGGGGAACGCGCCUCCUCCCAGGCAGCUUGAUCCUGGCUUCGGCUCAGCCGGGAAUUGUGCCGAGGUUGACAUGGAGGAGGAUGAGGGGAGAGAGGAGUCGGAGGUUGGGGUCCCGUACUCCUUUGGGUCAUCCCUGCAGCAGGUUCGCGAUAGGAUUGCUGAAGUACUGCCCAAGGUGGCUGUCCCCGUGCAGACGCCCGAUCCCGUGGAGUUUCGGCUCCCGGGGGAGGCUUUCGCGCCCAGCCGGGUCACCGAGGUCCGCCUACGCAUUUUUGCCGUCACUGGAUCUGGUGUUCUUGGGGUCAAGGUUCAACACGGAGCAGGGGAUUGUUUCCCUCGCUCCGGACCAUAUCGUCAAAGUCCAGAGGACUGUGUUACAGUUUCUCGAGUCGCCCCAUGCGUCAGCUCGAACAUGGCUUUGGUUGCUAGGCAACAUGGUGGCGACAGUGGAUGUGGUUUGGCGUGCGUGUCUGAGGAUGAGACCCGUUCAGCAGGCGUUAGCGCAGCUGUGGUCCCACUCGCAGAGCUACGAGACUAUUCUUGCGACGCCCGAGUGGUUGAUUCCUCACUUGCGGUGGUGGACGGAAGUCGGGAAUUUGUCCAAGGGGAUCCCUUUAGACACCCCGACACCUUCCCUCUCAGUUCAGAUGGACGCCUCCCUCACAAGAUGUGUUCGUGUGUGUGUGUGGGGGUCCUGGGCGACCACUCAGUCUCGGGCAUAUGGUCGGAGCGGGAAGUCAGCCUGCACAUCAAUGUGUUAGAAUUGAGAGCAGUCCGCCGGGUGUUCGAGAGCUUUCGGGAGUUUGUUCGGGGCCGUGUGGUUCGUCUAGAGAUGGACAAUCAGACGGCCAUGACUUACAUCCUCAAGCAAGGCGGCACACCAAGAGGCCAAUCUCAGGUCAAUGAACGGAACGCUGACUAUGUGGAGAUUACGCGCAAGAUGAUGUUCCCAAUGGAUAUGUGUAUGGGCCGGACUAUCUCUAGUCACGACUACGUGUUCUGGUGCGGAGACUUCAACUACCGCAUCGACAUGGACAUAGAGCAGGUGAAGGACCUCGUCCGCAGUGAGAACUGGGCAGCCCUGCAGCACUAUGACCAACUUAAUGUACAACGGGCGGAGGGCAAGGGGUUUGCUGGAUUCAGUGAGGGGAAGACCAAUUUCGCACCUACCUACAAGUAUGAUCUGUUCAGUGAUGACUACGACACCAGUGAGAAGUCUCGCACACCAGCAUGGACAGACCGGGUGCUCUGGAGGCGUAAACACCUCCUACCAAGAGAGCAGGAGGAAGAUGACCCGAGCUGGAGUGAGGGGAAGUUGAUAUUGUAUGAUCGGGCGGAGUUGAAGACAUCAGAUCACAGGCCUGUGCUGGCCCUCCUGGACAUUGACGUGCUGGCAGUUGACGAGGCUUGCAAGGAGAAGGUGAUGCACGAAGUUGUUGCUCAACAGGGACCACCAGAUGGCACUGUCAUCGUGUCUCUGGCAUCGGGGGCAGAGUUUGAUGAUGAGAUUAUAGACCAAGUGGUCAGCACCUUCACUGAGAUUGGAGACGUCACAGUCGUCAGGUUUGUGGGCAGUGACAUGUGGAUCAUCUACAAGAGUGGGGACGCUGCCCUUGAGGCCCAGGCUCUGGACCAGCACCAGGUCAAUGGAGAGACCAUUCGAGUGAGAUUGUGCACUCCGGACUGGCGUGAUGUCAUUGAAAAGGAGCUGAAGAUGUGUGCACUCAACACGACAGCUCUCUACAAUCAGUUCUCCAACAGUCUGCUGGGAGAUGAUUUCAGCAUGCCUGCCAUGGACUAUGUCAUGGAUGAUGACGAGGGUGACUUGCUCACUGGAGAUGAUGCCACUUUGCCCACUCCCCUUGCG